AUGCGCGCUUCAAUCACUGCCGCCACGGCGCUGCUCGCCGCUUUGGUCUCUGCUCAUGGCAACAUCGUCUCGCCUCCUGCCCGUGGUGUCGGCGCCGCAAUGGCUGCAGCGUGUGGACAAGCGAACGUCAAGGCCGUGACGGCCGAUCCCACUAUUCCUCUGGAAGACUUCACCAACCCUCCUGCAACAUGCCAACUUGAUCUAUGCAGAGGAGCCAAGUUCGAGGACAACAAGGCCAAUGUCCAGACCUUCAAGGCUGGACAGGUCGUCAACAUGAAGGCCGAGAUUCCGAUCCCCCACGAGGGCCCCAUGAACGUCUCCAUCGUCGAUACCGCAACCAACAAGGUUAUCGGACAACCUCUCAUCGUCUUCGACAGCUACGCCGACGAGAACCUCGCGGCACUGCCCAAAAACAACACCGACUUUGACAUCACCAUGCCCUCCAACUUGCCCGCGGGGACCUGCGCUCAGGCUGGCCAGUGUGUCGUUCAAUGGUUCUGGGUUGGUACCGCGGCGAAACAGACAUACGAGAGUUGUGUGGACUUUGUAAUGGCUUGA